AGGUGGAUCAGUUUCCACAGAUUGAAGGUGUGGUGGGACGCUUUUCCGGUUCGGGCACAAAUCCAGCAGAACUUCCUGUUGUCAUCAUGGCGUCUUUAUGGGAUGACUUGGACAGUCUCGUGAAUUCCCCUUCAUCUUUCACAGCAACAACAGGAGAGAGAGGAACCAUCAAGCCCCAAACUAACUUCGACGCAGGAGACGAUGCAGUGGCUCUGAGGAAGGCCAUCGAAGGACUUGGGACCGAAGAGAAGACUCUGAUUGACAUCUUGACCCACAGAAGCAGCGCUCAGAGGCAGCUCAUCUGUGAAGCUUAUCAGGAAGCUACUGGAAGAGCACUCGUGGACGACCUGAAAGGAGACACCAGCGGUGACUUUGGAGAACUGCUGGUGGCGCUCGUCACCCCUCCUGCAGCGUUCGACUGCCAUGAAGUGAUGUGGGCCAUGAAGGGCGCCGGGACAGAAGACAGCACCCUGAUAGAAAUCUUUGCCUCCAGAUCCAACCAGCAAAUCAAAGCUCUGACUGACGUCUAUCUGGAAGAAACUGAGAAGAAGUUGACCCUUGACCUAAAGUCAGAAGUUUCCGGAGACUUUGCCAAUGCACUUCUCAUCCUGGCUGAGGGCAAGAGGGAAGAGAACACCACAGUAGACGCAGACAAGGCAAAAGAAGACGCCAAGACCCUUUAUGAUGCUGGGGAGAAGAAGUGGGGCACUGAUGAAUCUAAGUUUAUAGACAUCCUCUGCCAGAGGAGCAUACCUCAGCUGAGACAGACUCUGGUUGAAUAUAAGAACAUCAGUGGAAAGACUCUGCAGGCAAGCAUCGAAGGAGAGAUGUCAGGGGAGCUGGAGGAACUGCUGGUGGCUAUCGUGAAAUGUGUGAAGAGCGUCCCAGCUUACUUUGCAGAGCGUCUGUAUGGCUGCAUGAAGGGUGGCGGAACAGACGAGCGGACUCUGAACAGGAUCAUGGUGAGCCGCUCUGAGAUCGACCUGCUGGACAUCAGAGCCGAGUUCAAGAAGCUCUACGAGUACUCGCUGCACUCUGCCAUCGAGUCAGAUCUGUCGGGCGCCCUUGGGGACUGUGUGAAGGCCAUCUGUGGAGGAGACGACUAACUAACACACCUGAGGUCCACCUGAGGCCGAGAGUCUGAUUGCGGAGGGAAAUAUGGAAAGACUCUGCUCAAGAUUUGUGGAGGAGACGAUGAUUAAUAUCGACAUGUUUGGCUCUCACAUUUUUUUUUUCAUUUCUGUCAUUUUAUCAUUUUUAUCAACCCUAACAUCCACAUGGCUUUAAAUACAAUACUACACAUGGACUUUAUUUAUUGCAUAAGGAAAUGCCCAAACAUAAACCUACUAUGAAAACACAGCUUUUAGCAGUUUUCAAUGCAUUUGUUGCUUCAUUUGUACAUCAUUAUUUUCCUUCUGCUUUUUGAUAGGUCUCUAUAUGUAGAAGAUGUUACAAAUAAUGUUACAGCUAAAAUUAACAAUUAGCCCUACAGUACUGUAGUCAUGCAGCAAGCUCACAGUAAAGAGUGACUUCUGUAUUACAAAAAUAAUAAUAAGUUUGUCUUCACUAAAAAUCUUCAUUCUUGAAUUUUGUAACUUCCAGAAAUAAUAAUAAAACAUCUCAUGAAUUAUUCA